AGCGGAACACAGAGCUGUGCUGAUGGCAGGCAGCUACCUGUCAACAACAUAGGCUUAGCAGUAUCCGAAGUCUGUGAGGCCAUUUUCUUCUUCUUCUGUCAGUUGUUGCAGGUCCUUUCAGUGUGGCUACAGUGUUAUGGAUGAACCAUGAAGGCCCAAUUACAAGUCACAGUGCUUUCAGCCAAGCUGAAGGAAAACAAAAAGAACUGGUUUGGUCCCAGCCCGUAUGUUGAGGUAGCUGUGGAUGGUCAGUCAAAGAGGACUGAGAAAUGCAACAACACACACAGUCCCAAAUGGAAGCAGGCUGUCACAGUAAUUGUGACUCCGGUCAGCAAGCUGAUCUUUCGUGUUUGGAGUCACCAGACACUGAAAGCAGACAUCCUUUUGGGAAUGGCCAUUCUGGAGAUCAGUGAGACUCUUAAGGCCAAUGACCUGAAAUUGUGUGAGGUGGUGCAGACACUGCAGCUGUGUUCUGACAGAGACCCUCGGGAUAUUGUCGGCGACCUGUCAGUCUGUCUGGACGGCAUGCAGGUGGACCCAGAAACCUUCGCCUCAGCAGAGAGAGAACAUGCAAAUGUUCCAAAUGGAAAGGCAAAACAAAAUGGAGACAAUGGCAACAGAUCAAGCAGAGACACGUCUCCCUCCAGUGACUCAGAGGAGUGGGUCAUUGUACCUAAUGGUCAUGCUGUCAAUGGUACGGGUUCUCCUUCACGAUCUCCAGGAGGCUCUAAUGCCUCACGUCCUCCCAGACCAGCCCGACCUCCUCCUCCUACACCUCGCAGACCAGCUGCCUCACCAAGCUCCUCUAGCAGUUCCUCUCCUAGCGAGCUGAGUGAAGGUCCAGCUUCUGAUGGUUCAUCACAGGCGUCAGCCAGUGGGUGUUCAAAUCAGCAGGAUGACUCAGGCGCCGGAGCAGCGACAGCAGUUUCUUCACAGGCAGGGAGUGGCCCCAAACCAGGGACCUCUGCUUCAGCCGCUCUGGCCACCACAACUCCCCGAAUUGCACCCAUGAGCAACGGUCCCCUACCACCAGGGUGGGAGCAAAGGGUGGACCAGAACGGACGGAUGUACUAUGUGGAUCACAUUGAGAAAAGGACAACUUGGGAAAGGCCUGAUCCUCUGCCUACAGGGUGGGAGCGUAGGGUGGACCCGAUGGGUAGGGUGUACUAUGUUGACCACAUUACCCGAACAACGACAUGGCAACGCCCCACGCAGGAGUCAGUGCGUAAUUACGAAGAAUGGCAGCACCAGCGCAGCCAGCUGCAGGGAGCCAUGCAUCAGUUUAACCAGAGGUUCAUCUAUGGGCUCCAAGACCAUUUGGCAGCCACGACCAACAAAGAGUUUGACCCGCAGGGACCUCUGCCACAUGGUUGGGAGAAAAGAACCGACACCAAUGGGAGAGUAUAUUUUGUUCAUCACCCAACACGGACAACACAGUGGGAGGACCCCAGGACACAAGGGCUGCUGAAUGACAAGCCCUUGCCAGAGGGUUGGGAGAUGAGGUUUACUGUGGACGGUAUUCCUUACUUUGUAGACCACAACCGGAGAACCACAACCUACAUUGACCCUCGCACAGGGAAAUCUUCACUUGAGAACGGGCCACAGAUAACCUAUGUCAGGGACUUCAAAGCCAAAGUGCAAUACUUCAGGUUCUGGUGUCAGCAAUUAUCGAUGCCUCAGCACAUUAAGAUUACCGUCUCCCGGAAAACCUUGUUUGAGGAUUCAUUUCAACAGAUCAUGAGCUUCCACCCUCAAGACCUGAGGCGUAGACUGUGGAUCAUAUUCCCCGGAGAGGAAGGUUUGGACUACGGGGGUGUGGCCAGGGAAUGGUUCUUCUUGCUCUCUCAUGAAGUACUGAACCCCAUGUACUGUUUGUUUGAGUACGCUGGCAAGGACAACUACUGUCUGCAGAUCAACCCUGCCUCUUACAUUAACCCUGAUCACCUCAAGUACUUCAAGUUCAUAGGACGCUUCAUUGCCAUGGCCUUGUUCCACGGCAAAUUCAUCGACACAGGUUUCUCCCUGCCUUUCUACAAGCGUAUCCUGAACAAACCUCUGGCUCUGAAAGACCUGGAGUCCAUAGAUCCAGAGUUUUACAACUCGCUCAUCUGGAUUAAGGAUAAUAACAUAGAGGAGUGUGGUCUGGAGAUGUUCUUCUCCGUUGACAAGGAGAUCCUGGGGGAGGUCACCACCCACGAGCUGAAACCAGAUGGAGGGAACAUCCAAGUCACAGAGGAAAAUAAGGAGGAAUACAUCAGGUUGGUGGCAGAGUGGCGGCUGUCCAGAGGUGUAGAGGAACAGACUCAAGCUUUCUUUGAGGGCUUCAAUGAAGUUUUGCCUCAGCAAUACCUUCAAUACUUUGAUGCAAAGGAAUUAGAGGUGAUGCUGUGUGGGAUGCAGGAGAUCGACCUGGUGGACUGGCAGAGAAACACAAUUUACAGGCAUUAUGCCCGAAGUAGCAAACAGAUCCUCUGGUUCUGGCAGUUUGUGAAGGAGAUGGACAACGAGAAGAGGAUGAGGCUGCUGCAGUUUGUCACAGGAACCUGUCGCCUUCCUGUGGGCGGCUUCGCUGAUCUGAUGGGAAGCAAUGGCCCUCAAAAGUUCUGCAUUGAGAAAGUGGGCAAAGAGAACUGGCUUCCACGAAGCCACACAUGCUUUAAUCGUCUGGACCUCCCUCCUUACAAGAGCUAUGAGCAGCUGAAGGAGAAGCUCAUGUUCGCCAUAGAGGAGACAGAAGGCUUUGGUCAGGAGUAAUUCAACAGGAGCAGCAGGAUGGGAUGGAGGAGAGUGGGCUUGGAGGAGCCAUAUCCAUUUCAAACGAGCACUUUUCGACACUUGCAGCCAGGAGCUGCGUGCAAACUGGUAGAUGGGCGUACAAAUCUUUAUUUUCUAUCAAACUAUCAUAUGCAGUAACAACCGUUUCUAAGCUGUUAUGUCACAGAUUCAUUUAUCCUCCUCACUCUGUAUCACUUCUCACCUACAUGAUUAGUUCCACCCUAAUCCUGCUGAUCUCACUUCGCCCUGGUCAGGCGAUGGAGGCAGAAUAGAUGCCUUUCUCACCCUGUCAAGUCUGUACUCGCCGUAUGUUGCGCAAGUGCAGUUUCUACACGUACAUCUGUCAAUCCGUGCAGUAGUCACUUCUUUAGAGCCGCCUCGUCGGGUCUAUGCACUAGAUGUAAUGAUUUUAGAGAAAAGAACCUUAUUUUGUGCAUUUUGACUUAAACUAAAACAGUUCAUAUCAAGUAUCAUCAAAGGCACAUAUAUGGUUUUGGGUCUUCUAGACUCAGCUUUUAUUUUCCUUUAGUUGUGAAGAUGAAUGGAUGGAUGAUUUUUUUAACAGCUGACUGAACUGACUCCCGUAGCACAUACACGGUUUCUUUAAUAUCUUUAAUAAAUAUGAUCAUGCUGAUAUGAUACUUUCUCUUAUUUUGACAGGCUGAUUUCUUAACUUUAUAAGGAGUUGAAACGUUUAAACUAGUUUGCACAUAGUUAUGUGAGCAGUAUGGCGGUUGUGAUUGUUCUUAAGAGAGGUUGUAUUUUUAUGUGCAAUAGUUUUGUAGAAAUUUUGCCAAUAAUAGAGCCAAACAGUGAUUUGUUUGAUCAUUUUAUAACACUUUGGUAAGUUUCAGCGUUUAGUAUUGAUUUUAAUUCUCAAUAUAAACUAGAGAACAUUUGCAUAUUUGCAAUUGUGUUCAGCAAAACUGGUUUGGUUGUGAUUUGAUUUGACAAACUUUGCCUUCCCACAAUGAUCUGUGUGCUGUAUAUAAUAUCAGCCUGUUUGACCUUAAAUGGUCACAUGCUUUACCAGUCUGGGAGACUGAAAAGAGUGAAGUCUUGAUAAUUAUGAGCCGUUACUAAUGAAGUGGGAGCUUUACGAUUGAUUUGUUGGCUAAUGACCUAUUCCCACUGAAAGGUAGCCAAUUCUCUGGUAGAUGUCCAGAAUUAGGGUAAUGUCAGUGUUUUUCAACCUGGACUCUACUGUUCCAUGUUUUUCUGUCUGAGUGACUUGUAGGAGCAACAAUUUUUGAAAUUGGUCUUGCAUUGCUCACCGUGUGUCCAUUGAAGGUGCUUGGUUUGCCACUGACAGACUCAGAUUGUUAUCAUAAGUGUCUCAUUAUGGAAAGGAUCACCACAGAGUUUGACUUUUUGUGAAAAAGAAAGAUCUUAAACCAGAGACAGCUUAAUCUGAGCCUGUCACUUGCCCUUGCUCAAUACUCAGACAAUUUAAAAAUUUGCUCUUAUUAGUCACUUGGACACGAAAACAUGGGAAAAUUGGCUCCAGGUUGAAAAAUACCAAAGUUACGCUUUAAGUAUUAUCUAGGGUUAAUAAUGAAGAUACAGAAUCCUAACUGUUUAAUGUGUUUAGUGACUAAUACAGUUUAUGUAAAUAUACUUACAAAGUAGAAGAUGUGUUUAACAUCUUAAUACAUUUCGUUCAGCCAGGCAGCGGAGCCCCGUGAGUCGCAGGUGUAAGUUGAUAAUAAGAUUUGAAUCAAUGUAAUAUAAAGUGGCCCUAGUUUUAUAGGGUUUUAGGUAUUCAGAUUUGUACAGUAGUAUACUAGAGUAUCCCAUGUCUUUUCCAAAAAAAAAAGCUCAGCUAACUUCAAACUUAAAGUUUCUUUUUGCUAUCAGGUCGAGUAUCACAUAAAUACAAUUACUAUGGAACCAAUCUACCAAAGGAUUUUAUUUAAUAAUCUUUUGAAAACCAAUCGGUUUUUAACAUCCCCCUAAAUGAUUAUUUAUUUGAAUUCAUUUGUCACUAUAAGGUUGUUAGUCAUCCUAUAUUAUAUUAGUGGGUAACACUGUAAGGUACAAAAAGCUCAGCUUCUUCAAUUUUAAAUACGACAUUUGAACAAAAUUCCAACCUGUAAAGUGAUAUUUUUUAAUGACUUUUAAUUGUGCAAAUAUCAAGCUGUGUCGUAUGUGCGUGGUGUAAAUUACAUGUGUAUGCCAGAUCAUUUAAAAAUCUUAAUAACAAAUUCAGUGUCACCUAGUUGACUUGAAAGUUCCCAGUAAAAAUGUAAAAAAAACAUGUCCACAAAUUUGACUCAUAUAUUUGCCUGUGUGUGAACCAUGUGGCUGUAUAUUAUUACAUAUGCUGGUACUACACACAAAAAAAGCUUGAAGUCUCCCUCACUGACCUAACAUGUAUUGACCCUCAGUCAAUACCAGUUACUGCUCACUUUCUACUUAAUUGUAUCUGAUGUGUCACAUUAUCUCAUAUUUUCCCCUUUAUUAGAGUUAAUACAAACAUAUACACCUGCAAAACUCAGUGUGUAGCUACUGGUGUGCAGACUUGUGAAGAGAUUAUUGUUUAAAAAAAGGAAACCUUGCUUUAAAAAAAGGUUUGUGAUUAAAAUGUUUACUGUUGAAUAUUUUAACAGAUUACAGUUAAUAAUUAUAGCACCUUGACACUCCAAACUGAAUUAACCACUUCACUGUUUAAUCACUGCUGUGUUCCAGAUCGUGGAGCAGUUUAAUGUAUAGAAAUAUGCAAACUAGUGUUUAAGUUGUACUGAUUGCAUUGUAAAUCAUGUCGAUACUGUAAUCACUGUUUUUUCUUUUUGAAGCUCUAACUUUUUUGAUAAGUGGAAGUCAAUGGUUGAAUACUAUUUAUUUGGAAAAUAGGUUUCAUGUAACAGUGGACUGGACUGAUUGAGAAAAAACAGUAAUAAAAUGAUUUAAACACUGGGCUCCUGCA